AGGCAUUUACAUUCUCAUUGACUUGCAGUAGAUAUAGAAGAGAUAUGGCAGAAGGAGGGACAACAUUGGAAUACACACCUACAUGGGUUGUUGCAUUGGUUUGCAGUGUUAUUGUUGUAAUCUCUCUUGUUGUGGAGAGGUUACUUCAUUAUCUUGGCAAGGUUCUCAAGAAGAAGAAUCAGAAGCCUCUUUAUGAAGCCUUGCAGAAAAUCAAAGAGGAGUUGAUGUUGCUGGGUUUCAUAUCGCUGCUGCUGACAGUGUUACAAGGUGCCAUUAACAGAAUAUGCAUGUCAAAGGACUGGGCUGAUAAAUGGCUUCCUUGUGAAAAACAUGAAGCAAAACAAACUACUACUGCAGCCCACUUCCAGACCACCUUUUCUUCUGGGAUUAGACAUCGUCACCUCCUUGCAGAGGACGCCGCCUCCAUUAAUGGGUAUUGUGCAGCUAAGGGGAAGGUUCCGUUAUUGUCUACGACUGCUUUGCAUCAUCUUCAUAUAUUCAUCUUCGUGCUUGCUUGCGCACACGUGGUGUUCUGUGCUCUGACAAUUCUUUUUGGAGGAGCAAAGAUAAGGCAAUGGAAAAAAUGGGAGGACUCCGUCUCAAACAACGACCAAGACGCUACAAAAAUAAAGGUAACCCACGUCCAAGAACACGACUUUAUCAGGAAACGCUUUGGGGGCAUUGGAAAGAAUUCAGCUUUACUGGGUUGGGUGCAUUCAUUUUUCAAGCAGUUUUAUGGAUCCGUGACCAGAUCGGAUUACAUCACAUUGCGACUAGGCUUCAUUAUGACACAUUGCAGGACCAACAAAAAGUUUGAUUUUCACAAGUACAUGAUGCGUGCCCUUGAAGCCGAUUUUAAAAAGGUCGUAGGAAUAAGUUGGUACCUCUGGUUAUUUGUGGUUCUUUUCCUGUUGCUGAAUGUUGCUGGUUGGCAUUCAUAUUUCUGGAUCGCUUUCAUCCCCCUUAUUCUAUUGGUUGCGGUUGGAACAAAGUUGGAGCAUGUAAUUACACAACUGGCUCAUGAAGUUGCAGAAAAGCAUGUAGCAGUCGAAGGAGAUUUGGUAGUUCAACCUUCAGAUGAUCACUUCUGGUUCUGCAAGCCUCGACUCAUUCUCUUUCUAAUCCACAUAAUCCUUUUCCAGAAUUCCCUUGAACUGGCAUUCAUCUUUUGGAUAUGGCUGCAGUAUGGUUUCAACUCCUGCAUCAUGGGACAAGUGGGUUACAUCAUUCCAAGGCUUGUGAUAGGGGUCUUGGUUCAGUUCGUUGCCAGCUACAGCACCCUACCAUUGUAUGCAAUCGUCACACAGAUGGGAAGUUCAUUCAAGAAGUCCAUAUUUGAUGAGCAUGUUCAAGAGGGUCUUGUUGGUUGGGCUAAGCAGGCAAAAAAGAAAGUUGGACUAAAGAAGGCUGCUGCUGCAGGAUCUAGCCACACCCAAGUUCCUCGCAAUGAAAAUGCCGCAGAUGGAGUUCAGUUGGCAGUACCUGUUUAACGUGAAUCUGCAAAUUAAAGCGGGCAUUGUAGGAGAGAUUUUCCCCAGAAAAUGUCUCCCAUGGAAAUAACUGAUGAGAUGCCCUUUCAAUCUCACUUUUGUCUGCCUGCUUGGUAUGAGGAUUUUAGAAACAGGGUAAGCAUACAAUAAUCUUAGCAAGCAUAAAUGUAUCUUCUAACAGCUGAAAACAAUUACACGAUGUUAUCAAAUAAAAUGCAACUCUUCCUUAGUGCACAGUGAGACAAGAAUCAUGGUUUAUCUU